AGCAAGGAACACGCUGGAUUUUCUACCUGUUCGUCGGUUCAGAGUUUGUUGCUAGUGUAGCAUCAGCUCAACCCCCGAGGCAUCAAUUUCCACCCUGUUAGUCUCCUGAGAAGAAAAGUUAAAACCGAAUUAUCAGUGUUUCUUUCAGGGUACCUCAAAAAAAAAAAAGUGAUUAAUCCCGAUUGACGAACUCAAAUACAUCCAGUGAUUUAAAAAGAGAUAUUCAUAGUCAUUGAUUAUAGAGAUAAUUGUGAAGAACUCAUCGAGUGUUGUGUAGCAAGUGCGUGCAAGAAUAAACGGUGUUGUAAUUAAAUGGAAUUAACUGAGGAUUGAAUAGAGUCAGUAAAUCGAUCAAAAUGAUGAAUACAUUUUUGGACACAGUGUCCUCACAUCCCCAUCAUCUGGCCAAUCUCGGGAUAAAGUUGUCGCCGACUGGUGGUGCAGAGGCGAUGGAUGGUAAUGUUGGUGUUCAACCGGUGCCAGGUGAAGCGCCAUCGCAACAGCACCAUCACUUUCAUCCCCAGGGCUAUCCACCACCUCAUCAUCCCCAUCCAGCGAGCCACAUGAGCCCUCACAUGGGUCAUCACAUGGGCCAUCAUCCAUCCUAUGCAGCUCGUGAUUUUCUUCUUCGUCGUGAGCACGAGUUCAAUGCAACGGCCAAUCCAACAACACCAGAGAGUGGAUUAGGAUUAUUUACACCGCUUCAUCACGAUGGUACGGCUGCUGGAAUGCAGCAAUUUCCGCAUCAUCCUGGACAGCACCCGCUAGCUGCGGCUGGACACUAUCCUGGACACUAUGGACAGGAUGCUAGAUUACCACCGCACCAUCAGUAUCUGAGUGCACCCCAUCUGACACCGGCGUCAAUUCAUCAUCAACAGCAUCCAGCGGUCAGUCAUCCGAGUCAUCAUCCACACGGUGCUUUUCUCAGGUACAUGAGAACUGGCGGCAGCUCCCAAAGACAGGAGAUGUCGUGCAUGUGGGUUGAUCAGGACAGUCCUGGUCCUGGUCGUAAAUUAUGUGGAAAACUAUUCAAUUCACUCCAUGACAUUGUCACACAUCUGACUGUUGAACACGUGGGUGGACCAGAGUGCACUACGCACGCGUGCUUCUGGCAGGGAUGCUCAAGGAAUGGCAGGGCAUUCAAGGCCAAGUACAAGCUCGUCAAUCACAUCAGGGUGCACACCGGGGAAAAGCCGUUUCCAUGCCCAUUCCCUGGUUGUGGAAAGGUCUUUGCGAGAUCGGAGAACCUCAAGAUUCACAAGAGAACGCAUACCGGAGAGAAACCAUUCAAGUGCGAAUAUUCAGGAUGCGAGAGACGAUUUGCAAAUAGCAGCGAUCGCAAGAAGCACAGUCAUGUUCACACAUCGGACAAGCCGUACAACUGUCGGGUAUCUGGAUGUGACAAGUCAUACACACAUCCCAGCUCGUUGCGUAAACACAUGAAGGUGCACGGUAUGACUCUGGGUGAAGGAAAACUGGGCGGUGGAUACGAGAGCGAGGGUGAGGAGAGUAGCAGCAGUGGUGGAAGCUUAUCAGUGACUGGACACACAGAAUCACCCCAGCCACCCUCGAUAGUACCAACAGUAACACCAACCAACCCAACGACAAACAACCAUCCCUCGAGGGGGCCAGAGUUAACCGAGUGGUAUGUCUGCCAACCACCGACUGUUGGACCCCAGCACAGCCCAUUGCCCGGCCCACCACCACCCCAUCACCUAGGACACCACUUCAAUCACACCCUUAUGCAUCAUCAAGCCACUGCAUACUGAGCUAACUUGUUUUAAUCCCACCAGCAUUCCUCUUUCUCUUCCUCUUUCUCAUCGUCUCAAUUCAUCCCCUAUUAUUUCAUUUUUUUUCACUUAGUACUAAAUCAUAUUUUUCAAUAUUCCAUUUCAACCCACGGAAAAUUCUGCAAACCACUCCUCAUGUAGAAGAUUCACUAAUUCGAGACAAGAGGUUAUUUUAAAAAUACGGGAUGUUAUCAAUAAUUUCAUUUAUUUCAACGUUUUUAACUUGAAUUUUGAUAUUUUAUUGCGUCUAGUGAAACUUCUUAGUCAACAUUUUUUUUUCUCAGAGCGAGAUAAAAUAGAUGACAGGGUGAAUUUAUUGAGUGCGAUCAAUAGUAUUAUUGAGCGUUGAAAUAGAGUUUUGAAGAGUUUGCGACUGUUUUAUUUCAUUGAAACUGAUGCGUUUGCUUUUCCCAGGAGGAAUGACUGGGUUUUUUUUUAUUGAAAUAAUGUACAAGUUUAGCCACAUCAGUGCCUCGUUUUGCUAACCAAAAAGUCAUGGAAAUUGUUUUUAAGGAUUAGACUGUCGAAAUUGUGACGCUUGCGAUAUUCUAGGUCCUUUAACUAUCAUAUUGUCCACACAUUAAAUUCAAGUCCAAUUGGAAUGCUGUAUUGUAUAGUUUUGUUCGUUAUUGCCCGCGGGAGAGAGAAAGACAUUUGUACAUAGUUAAAUUUUCUCGAUGUAAACUUCACUGAUUUAAGUUAUGAGGAAGUGAGUCGGAGAAACGCCUCCAAAAAUUGUAAAAUAAUUAUUUCAAUUAUAAUGUGUGAUAGCCUGUACAUACAGAGAUUUACCAUCGAUUAAGUAAUAUUAUUUGUAACGAUAGUAAUUAUUAUGCUGAUAUUUGUGUAUAAUGCUUAACUAUUAAGAGAGAAUAAUGUGCGAUAAAAAGAGAAAUGUCGGGUUGUAAACGACUGAAUUGUACUAUAUUAUAAUAUUUGUUUUGCAGAGAUUCAAAAUAUACAGGCGAUGCGAAGAAGUUAGAAGGAAUAGAUGUUUACUCGAUUCAUUGUCUCAUUUUCCUCGAAAAUUCAA